AUGUCCCCAAUGAAGGAACUUCCCGAGGACUCUGCUCCUCAGCGGCUCCUCCGAAAGAAGCUCCCAGACUCGAGACCCGGCAAGCCGACGCCUGAGAUUGAGGAGAAGAAGAAGAAGCCCGCCAACAGGAAGCCCGCCACCAUGACCCCCCCUCGCAAGUCCAAGCCCUCUCUCAAGAAGCCCAUGAUGGCUCGUCCCAAGGGCAUCAAGAACAAACCGCCCCCCAAGCGCAACAAGAACGCCAAGCGCACCACGGCCCAGGACCUCCUCGCCGCCUGCCAGGAGGACAAGAUUCCGACCAACGAGCAGGUCAAGGCCGACUAUGGCUUCUCUCGCUGCUACAUCACGGUGGACCAGAGCAAGCUCAUGGCCGUGUACCGCACCGUCCUCGUCGACUUUGAGGUCAAGCCGGCCGAGCUCCACGCGUGGCUCCAAAAGGGCGGGCUGAAGAAGGUCGCGGCCGAGAUCAAGGAUAAGAUGGAGGCGAUGCUGGGCACCGAGGAGUAUCGCGGCGAUUACAACUUCUUCCUUGAACACCAGUAUAUUUGGGACCCCGAGGACCUCGAGAGCGAGGCCAAGGCCGCGCGUGCUGCCAAGGAGAUGAGGGAGUACUAUGCUGCUCGUCAGCGGCCCGGUCAGGACUUUGACUGGUACUCUUGA